AUGACAGUGGAAUAAACAUGGCUGCCUCCGUUAAGGCUUCGUAUUUCCUCUAGACUCCACUGUCUCGCAGUAAGCAACACGGCUCUCGGUGUUUCCAUGGAGUGAAGAUGGCUCCGUUUCCCGAUGAGGUGGAUGUUUUCACGGGCCCACACUGGCGAAUGAAGCAGUUAGUGGGUCUUUAUUGUGAGAAGCUGUCGAAAACGAACUUCUCCAACAAUCAGGACUUCCGGUCCUUCCUGCAGUCGCUGUGCGCCACGUUCACGGAGUUUAAGAUGCACGAGCAGAUCGAGAAUGAUUACAUCAUCUGCCUGCUGCAGCAGCGCAGUAACACCGUCUACAACGUGCACUCCGACAACAAGCUGUCCGACAUGCUGUCCCUCUUCCACAAGGGCCUCCGCAACGUCAAGAAUGAGUGUGAGCAGCUGAACUACGCGCAGCAGCUGAAGGAGCGGCUGGAGGCCUUCACUCAGGACUUCCUGCCCCACAUGAAGGAGGAGGAAGAGGUGUUCCAGCCCAUGCUGAUGGAGUACUUCACCUACGAGGAGCUGAAGGACAUCAAGAAGACGGUGAUGGCCCAGCACUGCAGGUGCCCCGAUGGCGAGGGCAGUGUGGGCUGUGGGUGCCCCCAUGGGGACAGUACUGGGGACUGCUGCUGCCCCCUUGUGGACAGCACCUCAGGGGUGUUAAAGGGCCUGAGCUUGUGGAGCCAGGCCGAAGGCCUCCACCGCGCCUUCAAGUACUCUGCUCACGAGAAGUCAGGCAAUGAGUUGGAUGACAGCCCCGAGCAGCCUGUGCCCAUCCUGCCCCCAGAGGUCCUGCUGAAGGUGUUCCGUUACCUGAGCCCAGAGGACCUGUGCCACUGUGGCCAGGUGUGCACAUCCUGGUCUCACCUAGCAAAGACUGGGUCGCUGUGGAAACACCUGUACCCAGUGCGCUGGGCUAGAGGGCAGCACUGCAGGGGGCCUCCGGAGGACCAGGAGCAGGAGCCGGAUGCUGAGUGGGUGCAGAGCCGGGAGGACGAGGGCCGGGCCUACCAGGAGUGGGACGAGGAUGCCGACAUCGACGAGUCUGAGGGCGCCCUGGAGGACUCUCCCGCCAUUGGCGCCAUUCAGAGGGAAAAGAAGGUGCUCAACGGGAUCAUCCAGAACCUUCUGCCCGCCGUUGGGCCCUCGGUCAGAUCCAUCGUCCUGGCCUAUAGCGUCGCCCUGUCCAGCAAAAUGGUGAGACAGAUCCUGAGCCUCUGUCCCAACCUGACCCACCUGGACCUCACCCAGACCGACAUCACAGACUCUGCCUUCGACAGCUGGGCGUGUCUAGGGGCGUGUCAGACGCUGGAGCACCUGGACUUAUCAGGCUGUGCGAAGAUCACAGACCUCACGCUGAAGAGGCUGUCAUUGGCCCUGGGUGACUUGGCCCCGCCCACCGCCCCGCCUGCUGCCCCGCCCGCCUCCGCGCCGGCUGCACCUGGCGCGCGACAGGCCCUGGUGUUCCGCAGGCGUCCGGGGGGCCGCGCCCACGGCCCCGCCCAGAUCUGGGUGCUGGACCCCGCUCAGCUGGCCGACAUCGAGGACGAGUGGAGGUGCUGGGGCGGGGCCUGUGACGGGAGGCGGGGCCUCUCAGAGCCCCUGGCCCCGCCCACCCCCGGGGCAUGCUGCUGCAAGAGAAGCAGGAGGAGGGGCCUGAGUGCUAAGUGGCAGCAGUACGGCAGUGUGGGAGGGGCCCUGAGCGGCCUGAGGACUGUUUCCCCCUCGGGGGGCGAGGACGACUUUCGGACUAAACUGGCAGAGGAGGCGGAGAAGCCCCGCCCCCGGAGGGAAUCCUGCCGUAGACUGAGGCUCCUCAGCCUGUCGGGCUGCUUUGAAGUCACAGACCUGGGCCUGAGGGCUCUCUCUCAGCGCGGUGGUCUUCCUAGGCUGGAGCAUCUGAACCUCUCGGGCUGCCUCUUCAUCACAGAGUGCGGCCUGCAGGAGCUGGUGACUGCCUGCCCCUCCCUCAAUGACCAACACUUCUACUACUGCGACAACAUCAACGGUCCCCAUGCCGACACGGCCAGCGGCUGCCAGAACCUGCAGUGUGGAUUCCGCGCCUGCUGCCGCUCUGGAGAGUGAACAAGCCCCGCCCCCCCUCCACCCGGCCCCGCCCCCUCGCUGUAGCUCCGCCCCACGGCCCCGCCCUACCCCGCCUGCACUUUACUUCCUGGCUGCCGGCCGUCGUGUUUUCCUCCCAAACGCUCUUAUUUUUUCCCGAAGGGAGAAGAGGGAGGGGCAGAGGGUCCGCCGCCGUCUGUGUGCUCUGAGAAUCGCGCAUUUCUGCAGAGAGAGAAAACUUAACGGACUGAAGUGACACGCCGGUGUUGUGUUUUUGGCUUUUCUGUUUUCCCGCCGCCAUGUUGUCCUUUCUCAGAGAAGGUAGCCCAUGCUCUGGCGGUCGUGUCGUUUGCUUUGGAAACCCAGCGCUGUCCUCACCUGUAGAGAUGUUAACCAUGUAUUACGCCCGGUGCCCUAGUCUAGUUUGAGUUCAUCACUUCUGCUCUUACAGCACUAACGGCGAGUGCUGUGCUCGUAAUGUGGUGGUUCGUUUGACCGCAUGGUGGUCCAGGCCUCUGCAGGUGCACAGGUGUGUCGGUUCCGGGCUUUGCGUUGUGUUCUGUACAGACCACUUAGAGCUGAAGAGAAACCGCGUGACCAGCACUCAGGCCUGGGGGAAUAAAGCUUCUUCAGUACAAA